GAUAAACCUGAGUUUGGAGAUAUCCCGCUAGUUUACCGAGUACGAGAAGGAGAAGAUCUAAAUCUUGACUUUCAGGCAAAGGCGUACCCAGAGUUCAUUGAGUACACAUGGUUGAACCGAAUGAACUUUCAUAGACGACGUUUUGACAUAGAGGGUAGUAGAUUAAGCAUAAGGCAAGUUGAGAGAGGGGAUGCUGGAACAUACCUUCUCUUUGCAAGUAACAAUAUUGGGAAGACGGAGCUAGCUAUUCAGAUCAUUGUGGAAUAUCCGGCCAGAAUUGUUGCUGUUAGCUCAGGUAUAGAGGCAAAGGAGGGAGAAACUGUUAAGUUCUUGUGCAAGGUUGAUGGCAAUCCCAUAACAAACUCCACAGUCAGGUGGAUUGGACCUCAAGGCCCUGGCAAAAUGCUUCAAAAGUUUGUUACCUUCGACGAAAACUCAACGUUUACCCUGACUAUACCAUCAGUCGACAAGACGGAUAGAGGCCAGUAUAGAUGUAUAGCUGAUAACGGUGUACAUGAUGGGGCUCUUCCUGGCAGAGACACUCAACUUCAAGUACAUUUUCGUCCAGAAAUACGCAAGUUUUCCCGAUUUAGCAAAUUCUCUGAAAACCGAAUGUUUCCAACCAAAAUUCCCUGCUAUGCUUACGGAUAUCCAGAAGUCAGUAUUUUCUGGGAAAAGGAGUCCGAAGUAGGGAAACUAACUCCGCAGAGAUUCUCAUUUCCAGCUGACGGGAAAGCUAAACAGGUUGAAAGUGGAACAUGGUUAUCUGAGCUUGAAAUAAACCCAGUAGAGAAUUCAGAUUUUACUUUAUACAGAUGUUCAGUAAACAACAGUCUGGGUUCAGACAGCCAUAUUAUCCGUAUUGUUCAUAAUAGUGCCCCGGAUCCAGUAUCCAAGCUAGAGGUCAAACAAUUUGAGAACAAGACUGUUCGACUACGGUGGGAGCCUGGUUUCAAUGGAGGGUUCGAUCAAGAGUUCAUCUAUAGAGUGAGAGAGGUUUCCUCCGAUAAAGUGAUCUAUGAAGGCAAAGCUCGGCAUGAAGAAAUGGGUCCUCAUAAACAAUUCAUAGAACAGUAUAUAAUCUUGGAGAACCUGGGGGAUUAUGCAUUCUCCAUCAAGGCUAGAAACGUCCAGGGGGAUUCAGCGUAUUCAGUGGAACAGUUUGAAUCUCUCAAAGCUGCAGAGGUGCAAGGACAUGAGGAGAAUACACUUCCUAGAGUCGUCAUUGUUGCAAUAGGAAAUUUUAAUCAAUAG